AUGUCAAAUUCGCAAAGAGUGCCACAAGAUCCCACUUCUCAAGCACUUUCCAUCAAGCCUGGUUCGACUUUCGCCGCUGCCUUUCAUUAUACCGAACCCUCUCGUUCUUCUCCGCAAAACCCACGUCCUGACGACUUCCGCUCUCCCAUGAGCGGUCUAUCGCCGCGUCGUCGUGCUGCUCAGGCCGCGGCGAUGAACGUUUAUGUCGCUAGUCCCGAUCUUCCUCAGCCUCCACCACCCAUCUUCGUUCGCGCUCUAUACAAUUAUGAUGCUGACGACCAUACAAGUUUGAGUUUUCGUCAAGGAGAUAUAAUCCAGGUUUUGACACAGUUGGAGAGCGGCUGGUGGGAUGGUGUAAUAAAUGAUGUUCGGGGCUGGUUCCCCAGCAACUAUACCGUGGAAAUUGGGGGCGAAGAAUCGGGGGCUUCUGGCCAUGAAGAAAGCGAGACGGGUUCUGGCACUGAGGAAGAAUACGAUGAAGAAGAGGACGAUUCUGACAACCACACCCAAGAUGAAGACUCUGAUCUCCCGAUAGAAGGCGGCACCACAUAUACUCAGGAAGAGGCGGCUUUUUGGGUACCUCAAGCCACCCCAGACGGCCGACUGUUCUACUUCAACACUCUGACAGGUGUCAGUACAAUGGAAUUACCUUUGGAAACACCAACGAGCUCAGAUGAAACUGGGCCGCGGGAUCACAAUCAUUUUCAUAUACCCGAACAGACCAGGCCGCCCCCAGAAAUGAUGGCGCAAGGCUAUGGCCAGAACGAGGAAGAUUAUGACGGGUCAGCCUCCGAGGCUGAUGGUGAAAUGUCCAAAAGAUCUUCGCGCAAAAAGGGCUCCAUGACUUCGGGUAGCAUCUCAACGUCAACUUCAAUGGACUCGAUCGAUGUAAGCGCUGCCAGACAGGCCGGUAAUUCAUUCCCUGCUCAUUCCAACAACACUUUCGGCUCUCACUCUGGUAUAUCCAUGGCUCUUCCCCCUCUCGGAACUUCCGACACCUCGUUCACCGUAGCGCCACAUCCAAGAUUAACAAAGUCUCCCACACCAAGAUUCUUCCUUGACGACGCCAUGGCCGCACCUGUAACCUGGAACAUUCUGGUCGAAAACAUGCGAGCUGCUAUUGAAGCUUAUCGCCGGGCUCUUCGAUCUCGAGCACGUGCCGAUUUUGUUCGACGUGCCGAGGAUAUAUCUGAUCAUUUACGGAUGUUGCUUGCUGCUGGUUCAGGGACAACUGACAAUCAUUCGGGCAAUCCUUCAAUCAUCUCAUCCAACAAAGCUCUCUAUCCUCCCUUUCGUGACAUGAUGUCAAAAUUCUCCAAACUGGUGCUGUCAUCUCACAUGGCGGCUUCCGAGUGGCCAAAUCCUGACACCUUGAACAAGUGCCUUUAUGAAGCUGAUGGUGUAAUGAAUGGAGUCUAUAGCUACGUCGAGGUUGCUAGGCUCCAGCGAGGAGAGGAGAUUCCUCGACUCAAUCCUGGCUUCAUCAUGGGCAGCGCUGUUGGUGGUGGUUGGCGUGACAACAACAUCGAUAGUCAGUCCAAACUCGACGAGGUAUCCUUCAUGGAUUCUAGUGAUGAAAUCCGUUCGCGUCCGUCUGCGCCACUAGACGUCAGCCUCCUCCGAAUGAUUGAGGAUUGUAAGAAGAAUCUCGCAACCACUUUGCGCCGACUGGAAGAGACACUACAACUCACGGAAAAGAUUGCCACACCUAUCAGACAAGCCGAAAUUGGUGAUGUGAUUUGUCAAAAAGCCCUAGCUGUGCUUGAUCAGUACAGACCUUGGAUUCAACACGUCGAAUCCAUUGAUCUUUCUGCUCUUGGUAAUGUUUUCCAGAAGCCAUCGUUGGUAGAUUUUGGAACACAAAAACAGAAGGCGUACGAUUCAAUUGGCGAGCUGAUAGCAACCUCACAAGCCGUCACUGCCCCUCUCCCAGAUGAAUGGGCAGAAAUUCGCGGCGAAUCACUGGAUACCCGUAUGCACCACGUCCGAAAUGCUAGCAAACAACUGGAGAUCCAUGUCUCGAAUGUCACUUACGCCCUGCAAUUACUACUCCCAGCAACUGCGUUGAAUGCCCCAGGAACCACCAAUAAACGUGAUCACCGUAUGACAGAUGGUGGAGAGACUUAUCAAAAUCAUCACUUGCGAGGAGAUUCCGCCCAUGCCGCUAACCUGCGACCAGCCCUUGCAGAUCUAGGGCAGUCGAAGUCAUAUACGAUCGGUCAAGAACCACCUGACAACACGAUUGAAAAACUGCGCCGCCCUACUAAGGAUAAGGCUAGACAGUUCUUUGGCACAUUGCCACCCAACCUGACCGCCAUCAAAACUCCAAAUGAACCGAAUUUCAAUUCUGUAGAUGAAAUUCCCUCAUAUCUGCAGCUCGAUCAUCCAGAUGAAGUGCAGUACGAUACUAGAAAUGAAGUCUACCAAGUCAAAAGUGGUUCGUUGAUUGGAUUGGUGGAACAGCUCACCCGGCAUGACCGUCCUGAUACCACAUUUACCACCAUAUUUUUACUCACAUAUCGCUCCUUUACAUCAGCUGCCGAAUUGUUUGAGCUUCUUGUGAGGCGAUUCAAUCUGCAACCACCCCAAGGCCUUACCAGAGAUGAAAUGUCGAUCUGGGAAGAGCAUAAACAAAAACCAGCUCGUUUUAGAGUUUUGAACAUUCUCAAAUCCUGGCUGGAGCAGUAUUGGAUGGAGAAGGAUGACGCUGAUAGUCAGGCGCUUCUUGAAAGAAUAUUGGCCUUUGCGAAAAGCACGUACACAAGUACCAAAAUUGGUCUGGCGAAAGUUUUGAUCACCCUUGUGGAUCAACGAAUGAAGGGACAAGAGACAACGUCGAAGAAAUUGAUAUUGACUCUGAACAACUCGGCACCCACACCAAUCCUUCCGAAGAACAUGAAGAAACUGAAGUUCUUAGAUAUUGACCCAAUUGAGUGUUCCAGACAGUUGACCAUCAUCGAGUCAAAGCUAUUUGGAAAGAUCAAGCCAGUGGAGUGUCUGGACAAGAAUUGGCAAAAGAAAGAAAACAGCAUAUCGCCCAAUAUACAUGCGUCGAUUCUGCAUGCAAAUCAAUUGACGAAUUGGGUUGCUGCUAUGAUCCUGGCUCAUCCAGAAGUCAAAAAGCGAGUUGCCGUGAUUAAACAAUUUGUGGCCAUUGCCGAUAGAUGUCGAGCUUUGAACAAUUUUUCAGCUGUGACAGCGAUCACCUCGGCCUUGGGGACUUCUCCUAUAGCACGGUUAAAUCGGACAUGGCAGCAAUGCAAUCCCAAAACAAUGGCAUUACUCCAAUCCAUGCGCGAAUUAAUCGACAGUAGCAAGAACUGGAUAGUCUACCGAGAGGCAUUGCAUGCAGCAACUCCACCGUGUAUCCCCUUCUUGGGAACAUAUCUGACAGAUUUGGUAUUCAUCGAGGACGGAAUACCUUCUCUGAUGAAAGAUUCGGAGCUUAUCAACUUUGCGAAACGGACGAAGACGGCGGAAGUCAUCCGUGACAUUCAAUCAUAUCAAAAUGUGCCGUACGCCUUGAAUCCCGUUCCUGAGCUACAAGAAUGGAUCACGGAAAACAUGAUAAAUUCAGGUGACGUACAAGACAUGUACAAUCAGAGUCUGAAAAUCGAACCUCGAGAAAGAGAAGAGGAAAAGAUUGCUCGACUUUUGUCCGAAUCUGGAUUCUUGUGA